AUGGAAAAACAAAAGAAGAAAAACAGUCUUAAAGUGCAUAAAAAGGAAAAGGAAACAAAAAGGAAACAAGAAGAUAUAGAGAAAAAUGUAGAUUACGAGAAAGAGGCUGAAAUAGUGGAAUCAGCCAACAGAAAGAAGACAAAGGUUGAAAAGAAACUUAAAGAGGAUCUCUCAAAACCUGACAAGGUUAAGGAACUGAAACAGAUUUCAGAUGAUUUAUCAAAACCAGACAAGUUAAAGAAAAAGAAAAGAAAAAAGUCACUAGAACUCGCAGGAAAUGGUGAACAUGUAAGUACAAAUGUAGAUCAAGAACCUGUGAAAAAGAAAAAGAAAUCAAAAACUGAAAGUGGACAUGUGUCAGAACAGACCUCACCAAAACAGCUAUCUGUCAUUGCUAGUGAUAACUCUCCUUCAGAAGACAGUGAAACAGAUAAGACAGAAAAGGACAGCUCACAACGAAAGAAAAAAAAGAAAAAGAAGCAGAAAGAGGACAUUCCUGAUCUACUGACAGAAGGCGAGCUAGACAACAGUGAACAAGAUACUGUGGUACCCAAGAAAAAAAAGAAGAAGAAAAAUAAAGAAAAAGAAGAGGAGGAUAAACCAAGUGGUUCUGAAGACACAAGCAUUUCAGCCCAAACUGCUGCUAUUAACUAUUUGAAAACUUGGUCAGAAGACAUUGCCAGCUGGAAGUUUCAAAAGGUCAGGCAGGUGUGGUUACUACAACAUCUGUAUGAUGAGUCCAAGGUACCCAAUACAGACUUUGACAGAUUACUACUCUACUUAGAAAACUUAAAGGGGAAAGCAAAGGAAGAAACUCUUCUAAAAGCUUCAAAAGUUAUUGAAGCUGAGGACAGUAGUUCAGAUGAAGGUAACAAUGAAGGUGGAAAAACUAUGAGAGCUCGACAGUUAAUGCAAAUGCUGAACUGAAAAGACAAGUGCGCUAUAUCAUGGAUGUGUACAGUAUAUCAACAGAUCUAAAAGGGUCUUUUCAUCACAGUGAUCUACACUUAAAACAGAAAGGCUAUACAUCAUGGUGGUUCACACUUAACACAGAAAGGCUCUACAUCACAGUGGUCCACACUUAACACAGAAAGGCUCUACAUCACAGUUGUCCACACUUAACACAGAAAGGCUCUACAACACAGUGGUCCACACUUAACAUAGAAAGGCUAUACAUCAUGGUGGUUCACACUUAACACAGAAAGGCUCUACAUCACAGUGGUCCACACUUAACACAGAAAGGCUCUACAUCACAGUGGUCCACACUUAACACAGAAAGGCUCUACAUCACAGUGGUCCACACUUAACACAGAAAGGCUCUACAUCACAGUGGUCCACACUUAACACAGAAAGGCUCUACAUCACAGUGGUCCACACUUAACACAGAAAGGCUCUACAUCACAGUGGUCCACACUUAACACAGAAAGGCUCUACAUCACAGUGGUCCACACUUAACACAGAAAGGCUCUACAUCACAGUGGUCCACACUUAACACAGAAAGGCUCUACAUCACAGUGGUCCACACUUAACACAGAAAGGCUCUACAUCACAGUGGUCCACACUUAACACAGAAAGGCUCUACAUCACAGUGGUCCACACUUAACACAGAAAGGCUCUACAUCACAGUGGUCCACACUUAACACAGAAAGGCUCUACAUCACAGUGGUCCACACUUAACACAGAAAGGCUCUACAUCACAGUGGUCCACACUUAACACAGAAAGGCUCUACAUCACAGUGGUCCACACUUAACACAGAAAGGCUCUACAUCACAGUGGUCCACACUUAACACAGAAAGGCUCUACAUCACAGUGGUCCACACUUAACACAGAAAGGCUCUACAUCACAGUGGUCCACACUUAACACAGAAAGGCUCUACAUCACAGUGGUCCACACUUAACACAGAAAGGCUCUACAUCACAGUGGUCCACACUUAACACAGAAAGGCUCUACAUCACAGUGGUCCACACUUAACACAGAAAGGCUCUACAUCACAGUGGUCCACACUUAACACAGAAAGGCUCUACAUCACAGUGGUCCACACUUAACACAGAAAGGCUCUACAUCACAGUGGUCCACACUUAACACAGAAAGGCUCUACAUCACAGUGGUCCACACUUAACACAGAAAGGCUCUACAUCACAGUGGUCCACACUUAACACAGAAAGGCUCUACAUCACAGUGGUCCACACUUAACACAGAAAGGCUCUACAUCACAGUGGUCCACACUUAACACAGAAAGGCUCUACAUCACAGUGGUCCACACUUAACACAGAAAGGCUCUACAUCACAGUGGUCCACACUUAACACAGAAAGGCUCUACAUCACAGUGGUCCACACUUAACACAGAAAGGCUCUACAUCACAGUGGUCCACACUUAACACAGAAAGGCUCUACAUCACAGUGGUCCACACUUAACACAGAAAGGCUCUACAUCACAGUGGUCCACACUUAACACAGAAAGGCUCUACAUCACAGUGGUCCACACUUAACACAGAAAGGCUCUACAUCACAGUGGUCCACACUUAACACAGAAAGGCUCUACAUCACAGUGGUCCACACUUAACACAGAAAGGCUAUACAUCACAGUGGUACACACUUAACACAGAAAGGCUCUACAUCACAGUGGUCCACACUUAACACAGAAAGGCUAUACAUCACAGUGGUCCACACUUAACACAGAAAGGCUCUACAUCACAGUGGUCCACACUUAACACAGAAAGGCUCUACAUCACAGUGGUCCACACUUAACACAGAAAGGCUCUACAUCACAGUGGUCCACACUUAACACAGAAAGGCUCUACAUCACAGUGGUCCACACUUAACACAGAAAGGCUCUACAUCACAGUGGUCCACACUUAACACAGAAAGGCUCUACAUCACAGUGGUCCACACUUAACACAGAAAGGCUCUACAUCACAGUGGUCCACACUUAACACAGAAAGGCUCUACAUCACAGUGGUCCACACUUAACACAGAAAGGCUCUACAUCACAGUGGUCCACACUUAACACAGAAAGGCUCUACAUCACAGUGGUCCACACUUAACACAGAAAGGCUCUACAUCACAGUGGUCCACACUUAACACAGAAAGGCUCUACAUCACAGUGGUCCACACUUAACACAGAAAGGCUCUACAUCACAGUGGUCCACACUUAACACAGAAAGGCUCUACAUCACAGUGGUCCACACUUAACACAGAAAGGCUCUACAUCACAGUGGUCCACACUUAACACAGAAAGGCUCUACAUCACAGUGGUCCACACUUAACACAGAAAGGCUCUACAUCACAGUGGUUCAAACUUAACACAGAAAGGCUCUACAUCACAGUGGUCCACACUUAACACAGAAAGGCUAUACAUCACAGUGGUACACACUUAACACAGAAAGGCUCUACAACAUGGUGGCAAACACUUAACACAGAAAGGCUCUACAUCACAGUGCUUUCAUCAUAAUGGUAUUCAUUUAAUACAGAAGGACACUGCAUCACUGCCACUGACUUCCAGUUUGAAUAUCUGAAAAUUCUGUUUAACAAGAGAAUAGGUGUAAUGCAAACCUACUCUUAGUGCUAUAUUGAACUCUGAAUUUAUUGGACACAUAGAAGUAACAACAAAUCUGAUGGCCUUGAUAUGAAAUCGUAAAUAUGUGUAAAAUUCUGUUUGUUUUGUAUUUAUUGCUGUAUAAACAAUAAUAUUAGAUAACGAUAUACUAUUGAUGAUAUUGUGACGGAAUAAAAUAGUCA